GCUAGUGAAAGUUAGCAGCGGUGCUCGUUUGUUUUGCCAAAAAAUUUGCGACGCCAUUUGACCUACUCUAAUCAGUAGUGAGAGAGCGCUUAUCAGUGCAGUGGAAUCGGUCUCGUAGGAGCCAGGUAAAAGAAAAUAGCAGAUCUGAAGACAUGGCGCUGCUUCCACCGGAUCCGGUCUACUGCCUCAAAGCGAAGGACCUCAGUGCUUUCCAUUCGCUGUGUUUCCACACUUCCGAACGGUUGUAUUCCGGCAAUGUUAACGGAAAAGUGCAGCUGUGGGAUCUGCAGACAAAUCGCUCAACGUACCAGCUGGCGGUGGGAAAAAGCCCAAUCAUUGGUCUGGCUCACACCGAAGAUGCCUUGAUUACUCAGGAGAAAGAGGGCGCCGUUAAGCUGUGGGAGCUGACCAACUCGGCGUACGUCCUCCGGCACGAAUCCGCUACCGAACAUGUCGGUUUCUGCCGUUUCGUACUGCACAACGAUGCUGUGAUAAUGCCCCGUGGGGAAGACAAAAUUGCGAUCCUCUGUGGACAAACGUUCACCGAACGGCAACUGCUCAAUCCGGCGACUGUUACGGAGCCCAAGCUUCCGCCCCUGGGAACGGUCAUGUGUCUUCUGCCGGUGGUGAUUAAAGAGAAGGCUUACCUGUUGGCCGCUUACGAAGCGGGAGUUUUGGUACUGUGGGAUUUGGAAAGCUACAAACCGAUCAGCCAUUUGCAGGUUUGCCAAGACGAGUGCCUGAUGGCCGUGGAUUACGACGCCUACAACAAUCGGGGUGUCUGCGGCGGAACCUCAGACAAGAUCUACGUCUUUUCGGUGGACCGUCAAUCCAUGGAGCUGUGCAAAACGUCCGAAAUAUGCAUCAAAAACGCCGGCAUCAGUCGCUUGAAGAUCCGCAAGGACCUCAAGGUGUUUGUCAGCACCGGGCGGGACGGCAGGAUUCGCAUUUUCUCGUGGAAAAGUCUGAGGCCGCUGGCCGUGUUGACCGAGCACCGGAACGAACUGUUGGACGUGAUCUACUCGGACGAGAAGGUAUCGAUGUGGAAGGCAGUCAUCAUGGCCGCGGCCGGAACCGACGGUAAGAUUUCUCUUUGGAAUCUCUACAAUUGACGAUCCGGACGAUCGGGACCCGAGGUGAGGCAAUGAAACACGGGGCAGAUACGUACUUUUUGACGAAGGGUUUACUUCUAUAUGAACGGUUAUCAUCACUACGUGCGCUUCUAAGCAAUUUCAAUCUGAUUGGAGAUGUGGUAAUGUAGCAUACAGGAUAAACCUUAGACAAUGUUGGCUAUAUACAACUCACAUUUACAAAACCGGGCCAAACUGUGAAGAUCGUCUAACUCUGGUUGCUUCUAUUCGUUCUUUUAAAUUUUUUAAUUUAUUAUGUUACACAUUCAUUCACUUAAACUGUUGAUUGGUGAAACACCUCCACGAACACAUUUUAUACUACAUGCUUCUUUGCUACUUACAAAAUAUAAUUUUCCCGGAUCGUGUUUGUUGAAAAAUUCGAGUUCAGUAACGAUUAUGAAUCUACUAGGACGACUAGAACGAAUUAUGAAACGUAAUUAUAAAUAGUGUUUUUGCUACAUGUUUUACACGAUAGGAAUAAUAUAUACAUCGAAUCGAAA